CUUAUCGAGCUCUGUUCAUUAAACUAUUUCCAAUAAAGAGAGACGUCAGGACUUUAUGUGGAUGCGUGUUUAUUUCACGGGCGAACUAUACAGACUGGUAGGACCCUAGAUACUCAUUCGCCCAGGGCCUGCUGUGAGUGUUAGCCGGCGCAUCUCAACUCAGUUGGGUGUCUGGCCGUCUAGCGGUCCCGUAUAAGAUGUCAAAGCUGCAGAUGCUGCACGCGUACCUCACGGAGCGCCUGGCCGAGGUGGUUCGAGAAAUCCUGGACGUGGUGGAGGACACGGUGCACGAGCACCUCACGGAGGAGACAGCGCGCGCGCGGCGCGAGAAUGACAGCCUGCGGAGACAGCUGCGAGAUGCCCUGGAGAUAGCCAAGGCUGACUGCUACGGUGCUACGGAGAUCUCUGCUCUCAGGCUUGUGCAAUGGACGCCUACAGAGCCUCAGGACCCCAGAACAAGCCCCGCCCCCCAAGCCGAGGACCCUAUAGAGGAGGAGUCGGCGAACCAUGGCAAACCAACCACAACAAACACACACAGCGCAGCCAAUAGCACAACACACACACUCAACACCACAGAUGCGCUUGACACAGCGCACACCUCCCCUAAUAGAGGGGCGGGACUAAAAGCGGAGGUGAAGGAGGAGCCAGCGAAGUGGGCGGAGUCUUGCGGCUCCCCAGCUGGUCUCCAUGGCAACAGCGUGACCUUUGACCCCGAGCCGGCCAUCAAGGCGGAGCCUGAGGAGGCCGACAUCACCGUAACCAUAACAACGGACAUGCUGGCCAUGCCGACGCUUCCUAGCGACAGGGCUACGGCGUCGCCACAUGCGCACACUUCGCCAGACGCACACCACGCCACGCCACACACACUGGUCACACAACACACGCACACUACGUCGCUUGCACAUGGUACGCAGCACAUCACACCACACACGCACGUCGCGCAACACACACGGGCCACACUCUCCACACAGCAGCAGCAUACACAGAUGUUCCCAACGUCCCAUUCACAACAUCCUACCCAACACACACACCCGGCGCAAAGCACACUCCCUGCACAGCACGCACACUCAGCGAGCCGACGGACGACAAACCAAGUGCAGAACCCACAGCACUCACACACAGCACAAAACACACACGCUCCACCACAGAAUUCACGCAUGGCGCAAAACGCACACGCAACACAGCACGCAAGCAACACACAAAAGAACACACACCCACUGAACAGGCACACGUCUCAGAACACACACACACGCACAGCAGCACAGCACGCGCACACAGCACAGUACACUCACACUACAGCGCACGUCGUGCCCGAGAGAGGCAGGCGGCAGGGCGGAGGAGUGUGUGUAGUGCCGGGGGGGCGCGUGUGUGCGUCAGGGCAGCGCGGGGUUGCGUCGGAGCGCGUGUGCGUGUCGGGGCUACAGUGUGGUGUGUGUGGCGAGCAGUUUGGACGGCGAGAAGCGCUCAUGCAACACCAGUGCAGCGGAGCACACGCACUCACACACACGCGCCCAGGGCACGCGCUGUCACACACACGGCCGACGCAGACACCCGCUCAAUCGCACGCACGCACGGCGCUCGCACAAACACACACACGUGCGCCACCCGCACAAACGCACGCGCGCACGCGCCCGCUCCAAACACCGCACGCGCAGACGCACGCCCGCGCUCCACAGGUGAACACCCAAACGCACGCUCUCUCGCACACUCACACACACCGGCGUCCGUUUGGUUGCAGCUGUUGCGGUCGGCGCUUCACGCAGUCGGCGGACCUGCGCAGGCACAUGCGCACGCACACCGGGGAGAGGCCCCACCAGUGCCACGUCUGCCACAAGCGCUUCUCACAGAUAGGCAACCUGCGGAGGCACCAGAGGACGCACGUGCGCAAGCCCAACGAGGGAGGAGACGAACACAAGUUGGCUGUAACUAAUUGUAAACAUCACAAGAUAUCAAUCUACAUAACUGAACAGCUACAAAUCCACUCCCCGUCGCUGCUCGCGAUGAGCGGACAACAGCUGAUGACGGCUGCGUGCCUCGGCCAGCGGCUCGUGGCGGCCGUGGAUGAUGUGAUGGAGCUCGUGAGAGCGACGGUGGUCCAGUACGAGGAGGAGAGCGCGCAGAUCCGCCGGGAGAACGAGCUGUUACGGAGCAAACUCGGGGAAGUCGUCAGCCUCGGAAUAGCCACGGAGGUGGUCGACGGUGUAGCUGAGUGGGCCGACUGGAUGCCGGAUCUGGACCAGAGUUCAGCCGGCAUAGAACCGGACCAGGACCAGGACCAGGACCAGCUGAACUCCGAGCAGCAGCAGCAGAACCACUUGACCGUGAGCCACUCCUCCUCCUCCCGCUCAUCCUCAUUGGACCUGAAGAGGGAGACCACGCCCCUCGACACGCCCACAGAGCAUGUGGCCAUGAAGGCAGAGUGGAGCGACCGCCACACCCCCGACCCAUCUGGCCCAUCGCAGCAGAGCUCCGGCGGCGGCGGCGACGAUGUCACAGGAAGCGAUGGUGUCAUCGGGGAGCUGCUGCUGACUCGGACAAUCAAAGAGGAGCCCGAGGAUGACGGUCCGCCCCUUGCAGGGGAGCCUUGUCUCCUGAUCGCCAUGGACACUGAGGCCACGCCUACCCAGUCCGAAGCUGACACCCCGCCCACACCACUCGCUGGGCUGGAGGCGGUUGCUAUAGAAACUAACCCCUUUGACUCAAACUCUGCCUAUUUGCAGGCUCCAACGCAACUACGACACACAAACGCAAACACAAACACAGCCCCAUCCCACCCCGCUGCAACACGGCACACACACACCACUAACGCACACCCUCACAACCACCCUCUACCUACGCUACACCCCCACUCCCGGCCUUCAGCCCCCAACACCCAUCUGGGCGCCAGCGUCAGACCCCCCCACUCCUCCACCAUUCGACCGCCCAACAUUUCUAUCCGACCCCUCCACGCCGCUGUUAGACCGCCACUUAACCACCUGAGCGCCAGGCACCCGCACCCCCACACCAACACAUUGCCUCGCGCCCCCCACCCUUCUGUCAGACUUCCUCACCCCUCCACCCGGCCCCCUCCCCACGCCGCUGUCAGACCCCCUCCCCAUCACAGCUCCUCUCAGCUCUGCGGCACCAGGGCUGCUCCUUCGACCCACAAUGCAAUGGGCCAGUCGCCGGCUGUGCUCAGAGUCCCCGCCCCCUCCCUGCAUCCUCACGGCAACGGCGCUGGGUUAGGGGCUGGUGGGUCGGUGUCGGUGUCGAUGUCUGGUGUUGGGUCAGUGGCGUCGGCAGUUCCUCGCGGGCGGGCCAGGGGGCGCUGUGGAGUUGCAGGAGGAGGGGGAGGAGGGGGAGGGGCGUUUACCUGCCCUCAGUGUGGAAAACAGUUCGUGCAUCGCUCCCGUCUCAAGGUUCAUCUCCUCAUCCACACCGGCGAGCGUCCGUACGGUUGCCAGCGAUGCGGCAAACGCUUCAACAACGACGGCACGUUGAAGAACCACCAGCGAGUCCACACGCAGCUCCGGCUCUACAGCUGCCAACUGUGCCCCAUGCGCUUCAAGGACGCCUACACCUGCCGCAAGCACCAGGCCACGCACGCGCGCCACCGCGCACACACUCACAUGAACGCUCACGCACGCCUGGCUCAGGGCCCACACACACACGCACACGCGCAGGGCGAGACUGUUAACGCGCAUGCACACACGCACACCAACAGCCUCGGCGCGCACACUGCCAGAGCGCAGGCGCAGAUGAACACACACUCCGCACAUACGCGGCAAGAACAGAGCGGCGCACACGCAGCACUAGCGACGCACACACACAGGCCGCUAGCACAGACACACUCGCUCGCACACCCUCAGAACGCAGCGCUGUGGCUGGAACAGAAGUAGCUGGCGGCCAAGAGGUCAGAGAAGGACUCUUGAGAACGCCUUGAGGUCAAAGUGCACACAGAGGUCAAAGGUCGACUAGCGUGAGCGAUCCUCCUGUGUUGGAAGUCAUGGCCCUGCGGUCACAGGCUAGCGUUACUGGCAGGCCUGGACCUCCUCAGACAGAGGUCAUAGGUGACAGCGUCCAAGGUUGUCUAGGGGUCAUCUAGAGGUCAUCUAGGGGUCAAGUGCAGUCAGGGCAGGCGUGGCCUAGUGGUUAGAGAUGGUCUUAGAGAUGGAGUUGGUCUUUCAAUCUAGGGGUUGCCGGUUCGAAUCCCCCCUGACCUCUCCCUACAUCUCCAUCCAUGGCUGAAGUGCCCCUGAGCAAGGCACCUAACCCCACAUGGCUCCAGGGAUUGUAACCAAUACCCUGAAAAAGACUAGUUGUAAGUCGCUUUGAAUAAAUUAAAGCGUCAGCUAAGUGCAAUGUAAUGUAAUGUAGAAAGUGGUUGUUAGCGUAGCAGCCAGGGCUGUGUCUGCUCAUAAGAGGCUGCAGAGGAGACAUUUCUGAAAACAGAACUUGUAUGGAGGAACCACAGAACAGAGGACUCAUCUGUAGAGAAGAAGGACCUUUGGGGAAGCCAAAGAUGGUUUACACCCCAUGCAUAAGCGAACCACGGAUAGCUGCAGCACAACAGCACAUAUAGAUACAGGAACCACAUAUAAGGGAACCAACCUUCGAAGACCAAAUGCUAACAUGCUGCCCUCUUAGUUAAGCUGUUAGCAGACCAGAUGGAACAGCAGAACUACUGUGCCACUUCCUGCUCCAGCUACAAUCAGAACCGAAGUGCUUACAGAUGAAAGACCCACAUUCAUACCUUCACAUGAAAUAUGACAUAUUUUGUAAAUUAAUCUUAUGUUUAGUAAAAGAAAACCCGCACUCCCGGAUGAGGUUCUUGCAGUUUUAAUACUGGGUUAGCAUGGCAGACAGACAGACGUUUCGGCCUAAGCCUUCUUCAGCGUCUUUUGUGCGGCUUUUUUUUACUAAACCUGAACUUUGCUGUUUGCUCGCACCCGAAGACUUUGUAACAAACAUUUGGGAGUUGAGCUCACUUUUUCUAAAAAUAGUAAAUGAAUCUUAGAAAUUACGUUUGGAAUACAAUUAAGUUAUAUU